UUUACCUGUCGGCCAUUGCUGCCUGGUGGCGCAACAGCGUGCUAUACAUUUCUAACAUAUAUUUAACACAUUUGUGAGUAAGUAAAUCAUACACUGACCAAGAUGCCACCGAAGAAGAAACCAGAUGGUCCAAGCAAAAAAACUGAACAGAAAAAGAAGGAAAAAGUUAUAGAGGAUAAAACUUUUGGGUUAAAGAACAAGAAAGGAGCAAAGCAGCAGAGGUUUAUUACACAAGUAGAAAAACAAGUGAAGUUUGGCAACCAGAAAACCAGCAAGGCACAGACCCAACAGGAGGCAGAACGAGCCAAGAAGAAGGAUGACAAGAAGAAAGAACUGGAUGAACUGAAUGCUCUGUUUAGACCUGUUGCUCAAACAGUCACUCGAGGUGUGGACCCUAAGUCUGUGCUGUGUGCAUUUUUCAAGCAGGGACAGUGCGGAAAAGGUGACAAAUGCAAGUUCUCCCAUGACCUCAACAUCAAUAGAAAGGGAGAGAAGAGAAAUCUCUAUGAAGAUGUUCGGGCUGAAGAGGACAACAUGGCUGACUGGGAUGAGGCCAAACUUGAAGAAGUUAUCAACAAAAAACAUGGAAAGGAAUCCCUAACCAAAACUACCAUUAUAUGCAAGUUCUUCCUGGAGGCUGUUGAAAACAGUAAAUAUGGCUGGUUCUGGACCUGUCCCAAUGGUGGAGACAACUGCAUGUACCGCCAUGCCCUACCCCCAGGUUUUGUGUUAAAGAAAGACCAGAAGAAGGAGGAAAAGAAGGAGAAAAUUACGAUAGAGGAGCUGGUUGAGAAGGAGCGAGCCGCCCUAGGCCACAACACGACCAAAGUUACAUUAGAAACUUUCCUCAAAUGGAAGGAGAGGAAGAGAAGAGAAAAGGUUGCUCUCUUGGAGGCAGAUCAGGAUAAGAAGAAGACCGAUUUCAAACAAGGAAAACUGUUUGGGAUCUCAGGUCGGCAGAUGUUUGAAUUCAAUCCUGACCUUGUCUUUGAUGAUGAUGAUGAAGCAGGUGAUGGGGUGUUGAUGCGAGAAGAGAACGAGGAAGAGGAGGCCAGAUUGGUAGAUUUGGAUGAUGGCAAUGUCACGGCCAUGGCAAAGGAGGCUGAUGGGACAGGGACGCAGAUGACAGAAGAGCAGCAGAAUGCUCGCAUUCAACAAAUACAGGAAGAAGCCAAAAAGACUGUGGAAGAAGAAGAGGGCAAAAAGCUAGAUAUUGCUGGAGCACUACCUGAGGAAAAUGGAGGCAGUGGUGAUAAAGAGACGUCGGGUACCGAUGCUGCAAUAGCUGCUGCUGUGGCUGCUACAGUCAAUGGAGAAAUAGCUGACAUGCCAAUUGAUGAAGAUUUAUUUGCUGGAGAUGAUAUAGAUGCUCUAGAUGAAGACUUGGACACCUUAGACUUGAGCGAUUAAAAAACAUCUAAACAUUUACCUGGACGAAUGAGAAUGUGUUACUGGACAAUGAAGAGGAGAAAAAAGGACCUCCGUUGGAAUUUGAAGAUUUUUCAGAAUAUUUCUGGGUUUAAUAUGUGGAAUAAAUCUGAGUACUUACGCCUUGAUUGACAAAAUGUUAAUGUUUGUACAGGCAUUGUUCAUAACAGGCUAGUUUUCCUGACUUGUACAUAGCAUGUGGAAGAGAUUUAUGAAAUGGUUUCAUUUCAAGGCAGUCAGAUUUCAGCAUUUUAAAUUGUUAAUAUCUUAAAGAUUUUGAGUUUGUUAAUUAAGGUAUGAUAAAAAUUUGAUAUGUUAAAAUCUAAGUGUUUCCAUUUGAAAGUAAUAGCAUUUGAAAUGUUUGAUUUAACAGUUUUGUAUAUACAUUAGUGCUGAUCCCUUAUUUUACGAUACUUGAUAACAGGAUCGUCAUCCAUAUUUAGACUGCCGGUAAUUUAAAAAAAAUGUUCGAUUGGAAAGUUCAUUCUUCUAUAUGACAAGUACUUUUAAGCCUGUGAGCAUGAAGAGUGCUACAAAUAAUACAUUUUCUGUGUUCAAUAAAAUGUCCAUGGAACUAUGUGUGACCCAUGAUUUGGUGAUGGGAACCUCUCUACUCCUUUCCCCUGGUGGAAGUGGUGUGACAGUUUCAAACACAACCUGCUUGAAAUGGGAUAUGACGGCAGCAUCUGCCAGCAAGACACCUAGAAUGCUUCGUGAAGAUUACACUCAGCGAUGCUUUGUGCCAUAUACUUGUCCCUGAAGUUAUUCCUGAUAUUAUGAGUACUCACAAAGUUAGUUACACAACAGUGUCAAGUUGUUGGAAAACCAGGGACACUGAUGCUUCCUUUCCUCCUCCCCGCCCUUCGGACAGGUAGAUAAGCCCUUGUUAUUUUUAUGUUGAGGUGUUGAGUGAAUUAUUCAUAUUAAACAUGUGAUGGUGUAAUGCUUGAAGGGUGUCCCACUUUAAACAUGCUAUCAUCUGACUCAACAUGAACUGCAGCAUUAAAUGUUUCAAGCAGAUAAGAACCCAAACCUAUAUUGCCCAAUAAGGAAGAGCCAGUUUAUUAUGUAAAAUUAAAACAUUAUUUAAAA